UCCUUUCAAAAUGGUGGCAAUGUUUUCGUCAGGAUUUGGAAGCACGAUAACAAGAUUUAUUAUUUUCUUUACGUACGCAUUGUGUGCGCAGUGAAUCGAAAUUUCGCCGAGGAACUCCGCUUCGAUCAGCGCAGAGCGUCUGCAGGUGUUACUGACGCUGCGGACGGAGCCAACCGCCAGCGGGCUCCGAACGUGCGAUGCUCGACUAGCGCUCGGGGCCUCGCAGCCCCGCCGCGAUUGCACUUAGGCUUAGCACGUGCGCUAAGUGGUCCGUGCACGGCUGUCCCGAAAACAUCGCCGCAGCAUCCCGCGUACUGGACGACAACGAAGAAGCAAAAAGUUUCUGGCACGAAGUGUUAGCCGUGGACCAUCGCGCCUUCGUUGAGGCGGCCGUGCUUGCAACGGUGGCUCGCUUCCCGCUUCCGAGGAGUGUGUUUUGCUCAGAACGUUGGUGCGCGUCGUCAAUCUACAGAGUGGUGUGAUGCCUUGAUACCUUUCCUCUCCGGUGUCUGCGUGAACUGAUCAGUAGGAUACAGCGAGCAUCAUGUCGAUAAAUGAGUCGAACCUUGUGAAGAAGUUGACCUCCGUCACCAACACGCAGGACAGCGUGCAGACGCUUUCGUUAUGGAUCAUCCACCAUCGAGCGCAUCACAGAAAGAUUGUGGACAUCUGGACGAAAGUACUGAAGAAAUCUAAACCUGUUCACCGGCUGACGAUGCUGUACUUGGCCAACGAUGUGCUUCAAAAUGGCAAACGGAAAGGGGUACAGCAGUUUAUCGAGUCCUUCAGCGACGUCCUGCCCGAGCACACUCCCCUGUUUCGAGAUGAGCGCAUCACCAAGCAGGUGGACAGGGUGUUCACCAUUUGGGCUGAACGCUCUGUAUUUUCUUCAGACUUCACAAAGAGCCUCAAGGAAAUCCUGCACGAAUCAAAGCACUCUAGUUCCCACCACCGCUCUAGCUCAAAACGCGAGGAGUCUAGUGAUGAUGGUACCAAGUUGUCAAAAGAACCAGAGAAAAAGGAAAGUGGCAAGCCCAAAAAUCCUGAGGUGGAAAGGAUUAUCCUGGAGUUCAAGCCGGAAAAAACCAUAGACAAGAUCAAGAAAAUAAAAAAGGUUGAGAUUGAAACAUCCACCAAGUUGACAAACCUGACCAGUCGCAACAUGGAUGUGUCAAGCUCGGAAGUUCUGAGGAAGUUCAAAGAUCGCACUCAUGGACAGCAGUUCCAGAAGGACUUUGACGAAGCAACCCGGUGUCUUGAGGAGUACAUAAAAGCAUUGGAGAAAGAAGUGGCAGAGCGAAAUGAGCUUAUCAGAAUGCUGGAAGACGCCAAGGUCUACUAUGACAGCCAGAAUGGGGAGGCUCGGAUCGUGGCGUCGGCAUACAAGAACUUUGGCAAUCGAGUGAAAGCAUUGAAGAAGAAGCUGGAGGCAAAAACAAAGACGCUGCCAAGCCCGGUGCCGUCACCUACCCCAGAUGCGCCUUCUCCAACCAACUCUGAUGAUGGCCUGCAGUUACCUGCAAUACAGGAGACAGCUGAAUAUUCAACACCUGAUGCAGAGGUGGAGGCUCCACUUAUGACGGACAAUGGUGCUGUGAUCGAUUCACCCUGCUCGGCUCCAUCGCCUGGCUCAGCUCCGUCUCCUGAGGGUUCCCCUGUGGGGCUGAGCCCUGUCAUCCCAGGAACUGGGGGGGACUCUGGCACAACCAGCAAUGCUACUGGCAAUGCUACGGCACUCAGCAGCUUCAUGUCCCAAAGCCCGACAGUGCUUUCAUCGUGGCUGGAUGCUUUCAACCAAGAAUUCCAGGAGAACAGGGCUGCACCCACAGCAGUGAAUACGUCGACCCUUACUGCCGCUAUUCCAGCGCAAAGCACACUCGAGAGCAGACUUUCAAACCUCAUGCAAAGCAUGGGCCACAUACCCGGUGGGCUGUUCUCAUCCACGAGUUCUGCCAGCAACACUCCCAAACGGGCCGACUCACCUCCUUACUCUUCAGCAGUCUUUCGGUCUAGUGCUGCUGUGUCCGAGGUCCACAGUGGCAACACGCCUCUCAAGGACGAGAACAGUGGACAGGGGACGCCUGUGCUCGAUGAGAAUACUGCAAGAAAGGUUGCAUCGCUCUUGGACUCGGACAUGCGGGUUCAUGCAAUGAAACCUGGUACACCGCAAGACUCUCCAGAUACAAGACUGAGCGCUCCCUUUGGAUCCAGAAUAACAAGUCUCGCAAGUCCACAGGCGUGGAUGACGAUGUCACCAAAAGCAAGCAGCAGCAGCAACGUGGCAGCGUCGCAGAGCGCACCUGCCCUUGCUCCACCACCCAUCCCGCCUGCCCUGCAGGCCUACUUGGAGCCAAUCAAAACUGUGACUGGGGCAGCUAACAGAAGCGUUGCUGCAGUUCCAAAAGGAAGAUCAGAGACGCCACCAUCACCAUCUGCAGACUACCUGAUUCCAGUUGCAGAGAACUUUGACGUGACUGACAUGGAGCUCGAUGAGGAUGGUUCUCCUGAUGAUGAGCAUUCAGAAGCCCGGCACCGCAAGAAAUUGAGCAAUCUCAUCACACUAGUCCAACCGCAGGUGAGCCCCGCUGCUGAAACUUCUUCUCCUGGCUCCUCGUGCAGCGGCAGAAAUGUGGACACCAGGUCCCAGCUGGAUGUGCCUCUCCAGCCAUCUGCAGUUAUGGCAGCAUUGAAACUUGCGUCCUCAUUGGCUAGUCCGGAUGAUACAAGGCACUUGCGCAAUCCUUCUCCUGAUCUUGAAAAGGAAGACCUGGAUUUUCCUGUGCAAGAGACGUCAUUGGAGCGUCGCCGUUCCGAAACGACAGACUUUGCUGUAAAGGAGUCAUCUAAGUUUAACCUUCGGGACUCCGUCGACAUUGAUGAUCGCAAAUCUACAGAGUUUCGCCUUCUCGAAUCCUCUGAUUACACGACCAGAGAACGCUCCGAGUUUCGAGUGCGAGAGUCUUCGUCAUCAUCGUCGGAAUUUCGCAUGCGAGAGUCACCAUCAUCGGAGCUCAAGAUGAGUGAACCACCAUCAUCGGAAUUUCGUAUCCGGGACUCAUCUUCCGAGUUCCGGAUUCGGGAUUCUCCAUCGUCAUCAGAAUUUCAAGUGCACGACUCUUUCUCAUCAGACUUUCAUGCAGCACCUGCCAAGAUUGAGACUGUCCAAAUGCGCUCCUCGCUAGACCGGUCACCACCUCUGGGGCCCAUGGAAGACCGAGGCACGUGGGAACGAGGCGAUUACUAUUCUCCCCGGGUAGCGCAUCAUCAGCCACAGCAGCAGCAAGCUAUGAGCAACGGCGGCAACCGCAUGCGUGGCAGAAGCAGUGGUUACUAUGGCUAUGAAAUGCGUGGAAGACCGGUGGACCCUUAUCGCGAGGGCUAUGGUGCCUACGAGUCCGAGUGGCAUGGAGGCAGGCCCCCUAGCCCACGAUAUCGGCACUACGGUGGUCAAGCACGCGGAGCACCCUAUUUCCAGCCAAGAUACUGAGCAAGACAUGGCGUGUGACGCUGUGAAUGCUGUUGUCGUGUUUCUUUGGCAUGGUGUACAUAGCGCAUGAAAAGCGAGCAGGUGAACCCUGCAGUCAUCGAGGCUGAGGUGUGACUGUAGUACCUCGUUUUUUGUUUUUUUCUUCUGAGAAACACAUUUGGAGCAAGCUGCGAAGAACAUGUUCAAGCUGCAGCCAUUUUGUAGACAAAAUGCAAAAAACAUUGGUGUGAGUUUGACACUGAAGGUAGCCCACACCCACAGCGAAGUUAGCAGCUUGCGACUGAGAAUUGUCACAGGCUGAUAUAUGUAAGACGUCGAGAUGUCUUUUUUUUUUUUAUCAGCACAUCCGUGCUUAUUUCGCAGCAUGAUGUGUGGGUUAGAAAGGAUGCAUUCACUUUCGGCAACACAUUGUUAAGACUAGACGUGGAUUUUGGCUCACCACCUGCUGCUGCCACAUUCAUCACCUCUGUCAUGUCAUAUUUGUGCGAUUCAGUUGCAUACGAAGUACAAUUUGAUGUUCUGGAAGACAGCCGAGGCAUGCAUUUCGUGCCCGAAAGAAAAUACAGUUUGCUUUCUCGUUUA